AUGGAUAAGUCAUGGAUGCACUCGGAAAGAAGAUCGAAGGCAUAUGAGUUAUGGGUGGAAGCAUUUUUGAACUUUUCUGUAGAAAAUCUUCUUACUACAACACAUAUCCGUUGUCCAUGUGUUAAAUGUGUUAAUUUGAAAUUGUUUGGGGUUGGAAUUAUAAGGGAUCACUUAUACUUUAAUGGAGUUGACCAAAGCUAUAAGAAUUGGACAUUUCAAGGAGAACCUUGGGAAGCAACUACUAAUGCUAGUAGAAAUGUUGAAGAAGAUGAUGACCAUAGUAGGUACAGUUUUGUGUCUGAAGAAAUAGAGAUGGAUGAUAAUGAUUUUGGUGAUUUGGAUCUGAUCCUUAUGAGUUUUGCCAAUGUGAUUGGGGAUGGAGAUCAACCAUUGUACCCUGGUUGUAGAAAGUACACGAAGUUAUCGGCAUUAGUGAAGUUGUAUAAUUUGAAGGCAAAACAUGGGAUGAGUGAUGUCUGUUUUACAGAAUUAUUGAUACUUCAAGGCGAUUUGCUUCCAGAACGAAAUACAAUACCGGCCUCUAUGUAUGAGGCAAAAAAGACUUUGUGUGCAUUGGGGCUGAGUUAUGAGAAAAUGCACGCAUGCCCCAAUGAUUGCAUCUUGUAUAGGAAGGAGUAUGAGGAUUUAACUCAUUGUCCUAAUUGUGGUAUCUCAAGGUGGAAGGAAGGCAAAGAUUCAAUCUUAAAAGAGGGUGUGCCAGCGAAGGUGGUGUGGUAUUUUCCUCCAAUUCCAAGGUUUAAAAGGAUGUUUCGAUCACAUGAGACCGCUAAGAGUUUGACUUGGCAUGCUGCUAGAAAAUCAAUUGACGGUUAUAUGUCUCAUCCAGCGGAUUCCCCGUCUUGGAAACUUCUUGAUGAUAAAUGGCCCGAGUUUGGUAAUGAGCCGAGAAACUUGAGAUUGGCUCUUUCAUCUGAUGGAUUCAAUCCCCACAGUUCUCUAACCGGAAAUGAUAUAGAUGUCUACUUGGAGCCUUUGAUUGAUGAUUUAACAUCUUUGUGGGAUGGGAUUGGAGGAGUGUAUGAUGCACAUAAUGGAGAAUACUUUACACUCAGAGCUGCAUUAAUGUGGACAAUUAAUGAUUUCCCCGCCUAUGGAAACUUAUCUGGUUGUGUUGUUAAAGGAUAUAAAGCUUGUCAAAUAUGCGGCGAUGAUACACCUAGUCACAGGUUGAAAAAUGGCCACAAAAUUUGUUACAUUGGGCAUAGAAAAUGGUUACCGAUCAAUCAUCCAUAUAGGAGGCAACGUGCAGCUUUUAAUGGGAAACCUGAAUAUGGCACGCCUCCUGAGCCAUUAACCGAAGAAGAAGUGCUGCAUAUGGUUGAAGAUGGUGACAGAGUUUGUUGGAAGAAGAAAUCAAUAUUCCUUGAUCUCGAGUAUUGGAAAUACCUUCCUGUGAGGCAUGUCCUAGAUGUUAUGCACAUUGAGAAGAAUGUUUGCGAUAGUAUCAUUGGUACAUUCCUGGAGAUCCCUGGAAAAAAUAAAGAUGGGAUUACUGCUCGAUUAGAUUUAUUGAACAUGGGGGUCAAAACUGAUUUGCAACCCGAGUAUGGAGAAAGACGUACUCGUUUGCCUCCCGGGCCUUGGAAUUUGUCAAGAGCAGAGAAGAGAGAGGUUUGCAAUUCUUUCUAUGGUAUGAAGGUCCCUGAAGGUUAUUCUUCAAAUAUAAAAAAUCUUGUAUCUUUACAAGGUUCAAGACUUCUUGGCCUUAAAUCACAUGAUUGUCAUACCUUAAUGCAACAAUUGCUCCCUGUGGCAAUUCGUUCUGUUUUGGAGAAGCCUGCAAGGUAUGCAAUAACUCGUUUGUGCUUCUUCUUCAAUGCUAUAUGUGCAAAGACUGUUGAUGUUUCCAAACUAGAUAAGUUGGAAGAAGAUGUAGUAGUUACUUUGUGUUUGCUUGAGAAGUACUUUCCCCCUUCAUUCUUUGAUAUCAUGGUUCAUCUAGUAGUACAUCUUGUCAGAGAAGUUCGUCUAUGUGGGCCAGUAUAUUUUAGAUGGAUGUAUCCGUUUGAAAGAUAUAUGAAAGUGCUAAAGGGGUAUGUUCAGAAUCGUACUCGUCCCGAAGGUUGCAUUGCUGAGCGUUGGAGUGCCUUCAAGCCAAAAGAUGGGAGUUUCAAAGCCAUUAUCAGGUUGCACAGUGACGUAGUUGAUCGGGACCUGUUGAACCAAGCACAUCUAUAUGUCUUGGAGAAUACGGAGGAAGUCCUACCUUAUAUCGAGCAACAUAUGAUCCACAUCAAGACCGCUUAUCCAAAAUUUAGAAAGAGAACAAAGUGGCUGCAGGAUAAGCACAAUAGCACUUUCAUUCAAUGGCUACGCUUCAAGGUUCAAAGUGAACUUAAUGAGGAAGACAAUCAUGGCGUAUCAGAAAAUUUAAGGUGGCUAGCAGCUGGUCCAAACAUGGCAGUGCCAUUAUAUAGGAGCUAUCUCAUUAAAGGUAUUAAAUUCAACAUCAAGGCACAAGAUGAUGUGCGGACAACUCAAAAUAGUGGAGUUUAUUUACUUGCACAUACUAUGCAAGUUGCUAGUGCCAAGGAUAAAAACCCAAUUCUCUCAAAUAUGGGUUUCUAUGGUGUCAUUCAAGAAAUUUGGGACCUUGACUACCAAAAGUUUACAAUCCCAGUCUUUAGGUGUGAUUGGAUUGAUAAUACUUCUGGUCUUGUAGUGGACGAACUUGGAUUUACCCUUGUAGAUUUGAGUAAAAUUGGACAUAGGAAUGACCAAUUUGUUUUGGCUUCUCAAGUCAAACAAGUAUUUUUGUUGACGACCCGAUGCAUCGUGGUUGGUCGGUAG